GGCUCCCACUUAACGUCAACCGUCAUCAUUCAUCAUGUUCUCCAUUAACUCGUUUUCACUCAUUAACUAAUGGCUUCUCAAUUUUCUACAAAGUUUAUUCACGUUUCUGAGCCGUCACCUCAUGUUUUUCACGUCGAAUUAUCCCGAAAACCUGUGAACGCCUUCAAUGUCGAAUUCUGGACGCAAUACGGGGAACUGUUCGAAAAAUUGGCGGAAGAAGAUGUGCGCGCCGUCGUCCUGUCAUCGGCCUUGCCAAAGAUUUUUACGGCAGGAAUCGACUUAUCUGAUUUGGCGAACUUGACAACCUCUCAGUCUGACGAAGACACCGCUAGGUUGGCCAUCAAGCACUCGAAGCAUAUCAAAACGUUCCAGCACGCUAUUGGUGCACCAGCGCGCUGCCCGUUCCCAGUCAUUGCUGCGAUACAUGGUUCUGUCCUCGGUUUGGGUGUGGAUAUUGUCUGUGCCUGCGAUAUCCGCUACGCAGCUUCAACUGCUACCUUUACUAUCAAGGAAGCAGAUGUUGGGCUAGCGGCUGACGUAGGCACACUGGCAUAUCUGCCCAAAAUUGCAGGCAACAUAUCCCUCGUCAGAGAGUUCUGUUAUACGUCACAGACUUUUUCGGCUGCUGUAGCCGAAAAGAUGGGUCUGCUGUCUUCGGUUAUUGAAGGCGGCAGGGAAGAUGUCGUAGGUGCAGCUCUGGAGCUGGCCAAGGUGAUUGCUUCAAAGAGUCCCGUUGCUGUCGCGGGCACGAAGCAUAUCAUCAGUCAUGCUUUGGAUAACAGCAUUGCUGCGAACCUUGACUACACGGCCGUUUGGAAUGGAGCAGCUCUUCAAACACGGGAUAUUAUCGAAAACGUGUCCGCUAUGAAGGCAAGACGCGCGCCCACGUUUGCACCGCUUCGUGCAAAGCUAUAAUACCAGCAACCGUGCCACUUGAUUGUCGUCUUUCAUUCCAACUUAAGGAUAGGCGGAGGCAAAUCGCGGUGCCACUCUCAUGCCCACCUACAUAUGGAUUUAUUCCAAUCAUUCUGUAAUGUGCUUGUGUAGCUCAUCCGAGCUGUAUAGGAAUUUGUUCUCUG